AUGGCCAACUCAAUCUUCUUGUUUUCCUUUGUUUCGUUUCUCCCUUUUGUCUGUUCAGUUCACUUCAACAUACCUCGUUUCGGGUCAGAUAUUUCUGAAGUAGUGUACCAAGGAGAUGCAAGAGCUAACGGCGCUGUUGAGCUUACCAACAUUGACUCCACUUGCCGUUCCGGUUGGGCUACUUACGGUAAAAAGAUACCUCUAUGGGAUCCUGAGAUCGGCAAGCCUUCUGAUUUCACUACCAGCUUCUCCUUCAGGAUCGACACUCGUGGUGUUGCGUUCGGUAACUACGGCCACGGCUUCGCUUUCUUCCUCGCUCCAGCCGGAAUCCAAAUGCCUCCCAACUCAGCUGGUGGUUUCUUGGGUCUGUUCAACGAAACCAACGUGCUCUCUUCUUCUUACCCGCUCGUCCACGUCGAGUUUGAUACCUUUACUAAUACAAACUGGGAUCCUCUCGACAUGAAGUCUCACGUGGGAAUCAACAACAACUCUCUCGUCUCUUCCAACGUAACUUCUUGGAACGCUUCCUCGCACAGCAGAGACAUAGGCCGCGUGGUGAUCGUCUACGAUUCCGCUAGGAGAAACUUGAGCGUCUCUUGGAGAUACGACACGACGUCUGAUCCGAAGGAGAACUCGAGCCUUUCUUACAUCAUCGAUCUUUCGAAGGUGCUGCCAUCAGAAGUCACUGUUGGGUUUAGUGCGACGUCUGGUGGGUCCACCGAAGGGAAUAGACUUCUGUCGUGGGAGUACAGCUCAAGCCUUGAACUAAUAAGAGAUGAUGAUGUCGAGAAAACUGAAAAAGACAGGAAAUGGUUGUGGUUGAUCAUCGGUGUUUCGGCUUCUGGCUUUGUCUUGCUGACGUUUCUCGCUGUCUCCCUCAUCGUCUUCUUGAAAAGGAAGAAGAGAGCAGAGGAGACAGGGAACUUGACAUCGAUAAACGAAGAUCUCGAAAGAGGAGCAGGGCCGAGAAAGUUUACUUACAGAGAACUCGCAUCAGCUGCUAACAACUUCUCUGACGAUAGGAAGCUUGGGGAAGGAGGGUUCGGAGCGGUUUACAAAGGCUACUUAAACGGCUUAGACAUGAUGGUUGCGGUGAAGAAGUUCGCAGGCGGGUCUAAGCAGGGGAAAAGAGAGUUCAUAACGGAGGUGAAGAUAAUCAGCAGCUUGAGACAUCGGAACCUUGUGCAUCUCAUCGGUUGGUGCCACGAGAAAGACGAGUUUCUAAUGGUAGACGAGUUCAUGCCAAACGGUAGCUUAGACGCUCACUUAUUUGGUAAAAAGCCGCAUCUCGCUUGGGCCGUGAGGUGCAAGGUAACUCUAGGUAUAGCCUCUGCUCUGCUUUAUCUACACGAGGAGUGGGAGCAGUGCGUUGUGCAUAGAGAUAUUAAAGCGAGUAACGUGAUGCUUGACUCUAAUUUCAACGCCAAGCUUGGUGAUUUCGGGCUGGCUAGGCUGAUGGACCACGAGCUGGGCCCGCAGACCACGGGGUUGGCGGGAACGUUCGGUUACAUGGCUCCUGAGUACAUAAGCACGGGGAGGGCGAGCAAAGAGUCUGAUGUUUAUAGCUUUGGUGUUGUCACGUUGGAGAUUGUGACGGGGAGAAAGUCUGUUGAUCCGAGGCAAGGAAGAGUGGAGCCUGAAACGAGCCUUGUGGAGAGAGUGUGGGACUUGUAUGGGAGAGGAGAAUUGAUCACAGCCGUUGAUGAGAAACUUGAGGUUGAUGGUUUUGAUAAGAUGCAAGCGGAGUGUCUUAUGGUUGUGGGGAUGUGGUGUGCUCAUCCUGAUAGGAACUCGAGGCCUUGGAUAAAACAAGCGAUCCAGGUGUUGAGUUUGGAAGCACCGCGCUUGCCUCAUCUUCCGAGUAAAAUGCCUGUUGCUAGUUAUCAUGUGUCGUCUUCGAGUACUGGAACAUCGGUUAGCUCUGGUGGAGCUGCGACAGCAACGUUUUCAAGUGCUCAACUUGGUCGUUGA